AUGCUGCAAAAAGUGAAGAAAAAUUCUCAUGUGACGUUUAUUGGAGUCCCUGGAUCUGGAAAAACGGCAACAGCACAUCACAUUGCCCUGAUGUUACAACAGGAAGGAUAUGGGAUUGUACCAAUCAAAGACAUCAGAAAGAUAGAGGACUAUUGUGAUCCCAAUAAUCCACAGGUUUUUGUUAUAGAUGAUGUGGUAGGUGUAUUUGGACUUCAAGAAGUAAAAAUGAACCUUUUGCUUGAUUACCAAGAUAGAAUCAUGAAGCCCACAAUGCCAAAAUCAAAAACCCUCAUGACAUGUAGAGAAGCAGUAUUUAAAAAAGCAAUUGAGUCAAAUUCAUUUUUUAAAGACAAAAAUACUAUUGUUUUCUUACAUAGUGAAGCUUUUGCAUUAACUAUCGAUGACAAAAAAGAAAUACUCAAAAACUACCACAUUGAAGAACAGUUGAUGUCUCCUGCAAGUUUGACAUCAGCAUCAAAAAUGUUUCCUUAUCUUUGUAAGCUGUUUUCAACAGAAAAGAAAUUCCAGUUCCAUGGUUAUGUAUUUUUUCACAAUCCAGUUCCAUGCAUCUUGAAGGAACUUGAGGAAUUAGAAAAUCAAAACAAAAUUCACUAUGUUUCUUUAGUGUUAUGCAUGAUGAACGAAAACGAAUUAUCUGAGAAAAUUCUAGAGGAAAGGGAAAAUGAAGGAAACUUCAAUGAAAUCAAAUUAACGGUUCUUCGAAAAUGUAAAGUCAGUAGACAAACUGAUAAUUUCAAAUUUGUUGAUGCAAUGUCAGAAAUGGAGGGGACCUACACAAAGUUUUGUGGAACUCAUUAUAGCUUCAUUCACGAUUCUAUGUUUGAAAUUGUUGCAUAUCAUUUUGGUUGUAAGUUUCCAGAAGUCAUUGUGCAAUUUAUGAGCAGUAGCUAUAUUGCAAACUAUGUCCGACUUCAUAGAUUUCAAACAGAAAAAUCAGAAUAUAAAGUUAUUCAUCCGAGUGAGAAUAUUGGAAACAGUGUUGAAUGUAUGUUAGAAGGGAAUGAAGUGUGCAUUUAUGAAAGAAUACCGGAGGACAAAAACGUUACAUUCAAUGUCGGGCCAUUUGAUCUUUGUAUAAAGAUAAGACAGGAUCUUUAUCCAAUGUUAGCUGAGCGUUUGUAUAGAGAUAUAGAAAAAAUGGAACUGCAUGAUGUUUUUAUGAAUAAUGUUUUAAAACAACCUGAGGUUUGUGAGGCUUUCAUUGAGGUGUUAAAGACGAAGUCGUAUACAGAGUUGAAGUCUUUAUUUCUAUCUGUCCAGAAAGACGUGCCUAAGGUGGUGAGUAAAGGAGAACGUGUAACAGAGGAGAGUGAGAAGGAGGAUAAGUGGAGCAGAGAGUGGAAAAGACAAAGAGUGCUGACGAAUACGUGGAGGGAACCAGAGAUAGUUUUUGGUGUCAGGGUUAUUAGUUGGGUGGUUUACUAUGGACACAGUCAGAUCCUAAAGUGUAUUUUAGAACAAAUUGAAGUAAACAAGGAACCACAAUCCGAACUAUUUAAUGGGAACUGUUUUAACCCUAAUUUCAGGUAUAUGACAGGAAAGGGGAGGCUCAGUCGACAUAUUCAUGAGCAAUACCGCCUUUUACUACUAAGUUGUUACGGUGGUGAUUUAGAGACCGUUAAGGUAUUACUGAAAUAUGUUAAAAGACAUUUAAUGAACGAAAUACUCAGAGAUUUUGACGAUAAUUAUGUGUGGCAUGACACUCCACUGACAGCAGCAUGUGAGAAUGGAUAUAUGAGUAUAGUAAAGGAGCUGCUGGAGGCAGGGGCUGGUGUCAAUCUUCAGGGUGAAGAUGAUACACCACUGAUAGCUGCAUGCAAAAAUGGACAUUUGAAUAUAAUGAAAGAGCUACUAGAGGCGAAGGCUGAAGUAAAUCUUCAAGGGGAGGGUUAUACACCGAUGGCAGCAGCAUGUGCACGUGGACAUUUGAAUGUAGUGAAGGAGCUUCUAUGUGCAGGUGCUGAUUUUAAUGCAGGAGACGACUAUUCUACCCCACUUGAAACAGCAUGCAUGAAUGGACAUAUUAAUAUAGCUAUAGAACUGCUUGAGGGAGGUGCUGAUAUCAAUUUACAUCGUCAAAAAAAUACACUUUUUGAGGUAGCAUGCGCGGUUGGUCAAACAAAUUUAGUGAAGAAACUGCUAGAAGCGGGGGCUUAUGUUAAUCUACAAGAUACGCAUAAUACUUCACUUAUAGCAGCAUGUAGAGUUGGACACAGCACUCUUGUGAAGGAGUUCCUAAAGGGGGGAGCUGAUGUCAAUGCGCAUGGUAAUCAUAAUACACCACUGACAGCAGCAUGUGAAGGUGGACAUUUGAGUAUUGUUAUAAAACUCCUAGAUGCAAAGGCUGAUGUUAAUUUGCAAGGUUACAAUAAAACCCCAUUGAUAAUAGCAAGUGAGAAUGGACAUCUGGGGGUAUUAAUGGAACUGUUAAAGGCCGGGGCUGAUAUCAAUGCACAAUGUGAGGAACAAAGUGCACUGACAGCAGCAUGCAAGAGUGGACAUAUAGAAAUAGUAAAGAAGCUUAUGAAAGAAGGGGCUAAUAUCAAUCUACAAUGCCUAGGUAAAACCCCAUUGAUAGCUGCAUGUAAAUCUGGACACUUGGCUGUCGUGAAGGAAUUACUAGAUACAGGGGCUAAUGUUAAUCAAGGAGAUGAUAUAAAUUCACCAUUGAACGCAGCAUGUGAGGGUGGAAAUCUAACUGUAGUAAAGGUUCUGCUAGAGGUAGGUGCCAAUGUAAAUUCAAAAGAUUAUACUAUUGCACCAUUGGCGGUGGCAUGUAGGGUUGGACAUCUGUGCGUAGUGAGAGAACUUUUUAAAGCUGAUGCAGAAGUUAAUCCUAAGGGUCAUUCCAAUACACCACUGACUGAGGCAUGUUUGUAUGGACAUCUGAGUAUAGUAAAUGAAUUACUCAAAGCUAAGGCUGAUGUUAAUCUGCCAGAUCAAUUUAAUACACCACUGACAGCAGCAUGUAGGCGUGGAAAUUUGUGUAUAAUAAAGAACCUGAUAAAGAUGGGGGCUAACGUAAAUCUAGACGAAAACAAAUCACCACUGACAGAAGCAUUUGAAUAUGGACGUAUAAGUGUAAUAAAUAAUCUGCUAGAGGACGAGGCUAAUGUCAUUCCACAAAAACAAUAUGAAACCCCAUUGAGAGCAGCAUGUGCGAAUGGACAUUUGUGUGUAGUGAAGGAGCUGAUAGAGGCUGGCGCUAAAGUUAAUCUACAAAAUCAUUUCACAACACCAUUGACAGCAACAUGUGAGGAUGGACAUCUGAAUAUAGUUAAAGAACUUCUGAAGGCAAGAGCAGCUAUCAAUCCACGUGGUCAUUAUUAUACCCCUUUGACAGCAGCCUGUGAAGGUGGACACUUGUUUGUAACAAGAACGCUAUUGGAGGCUGGGGCUAAUAUUAAUCUACAAGAUGAAUUUAAUACGCCACUAACAGCGGCUUGUAGGAACCGACACUUCCUUGUAGUAAAAGAGCUUUUGCAAUGGGGGGCAAAUUUCAAUUUAUCAUCAAAAUAUUUUACACCAAUCAUAGCAGCAUGUGAGGGUGGACAUAGAAGAAUAGUCAAGGAGUUGAUCGAUGCUGGAGUGUGUGUCAAUCGAAAGGGUGAAAGUGAUUCCCCACUAACAACUGCAUGUCAUAAUGGGCAUAUGGCUGUAGUGAAUGAGCUUCUAGAGGCCGGAGCGGAAGUUAAUCGAAAAGGGAAAGAUGAGACACCACUAACAGCAGCAUGCAAGGGUGGAUACCUACGUAUAAUAGAGAAGCUGAUAGAAGAGGGGGCUGAUAUAAACCCACAAGGGUGCCAUAUUUCUCCACUAGCAGCUGCAUGUGAAAAAGGACAUAUGCGUGUAGUAAAAGAAUUGAUAGACAUAGGGGCUGAUAUCAAUCUGAUAAGUAAAUGCAACACACCACUAUCAUCGGCAUGUAUAGGUGGACAUAUGUGUGUAGUGAAAGAACUACUUGAGGCGGGAGCUGAUGUCAAUCUAGAAAGUGAAUCCGAUACUCCUUUGACAGCAGCAUGUGACGGUGGACAUUUAAAUGUAGUGAUGGAGGUCCUUGGUGCAGGAGCUGAUGUCAACCUACAAGAUAAAUUUAAAACUCCUCUAACAACAGCGUGCAUAAAGGGAAACCUGGCUGUAGUAAAGGAGCUUCUUAAGGCAGGAGCUGUUGUCAAUCUACAAGAUAUACAUGAUACACCACUGACGGCAGCAUGUAAGGAUGGACAUUUAGAUGUUGUAAAGGAGUUGAUAGAGGCAGGGGCUGAUGUCAAUAAACAAGAUUGUUUUGGAAACACUCCUCUUCACGUAAUAAUUUUACAUCACACAAAGCUUGCUGUUCCUGCAGUUUUGAUUCUGAACAAGUAUGGUGCAGACUCCACAAUCUGUAAUAAAGAGAGUAUGUCAUCAUUGUAUGUUGCAUUAAUAGAAAACAAAGUGGACGUUGUAAAACAAUUACUAGAAAUAGAAAGAGAAGCUCAGCUGAAUAAAUUAAAGUUACAUUUCUUUAACUGUUUGAUUAACAUAAGACACGGUGGCGUGAUUUCUAAUAGCAAAGAUGAUGUGGUGAUAGCACAGCGACAUGUUUGGCGUAUAGAAGAAUUUGGAAAUUUAUAUGACAUAAUCUUUAAAAGUGAGUGCAUUGUUCUGAAACAUUUAUUGGAAAUAGGACUGGAUGUCAAUCAGUUGGUUCAGUUGUAUGAUGACUUUAACUAUGAGUCUGAUGUGAGACCUCUGCUGUUUUUUCUUAUUGAUGAGAUGGUGAUAGUCAAGGACAAAGUAGAGAAGGUGAAAAUUCUUCUUAAUGCCGGGGUAGACGUAAAUAUCAGGGUGAUGCACACAAUGUGUAAUUCUGAGCUAUAUGUUGAAGAAGAUGAUGUCCUUGAUUGGUUUAGUGAUGAAGAUGGAGAUGAAGACCAUGCUGAUGUGUUGGAUAGAGAGGGUUUGUCUGUGCUAGAGAGAACACGCCGAAUGGUAAAGAAGUUUAGUUAUAACAAGUACAGGUAUGAUGAGAGUACAGCGUCUGAGUACAAGAUAGUGCUGAAUGAAAUUAAAAAGCAUGUGAGACGAUACUCUGUCUGA